AAAGUAUUUCUGGUUUUCCUUUACAUUUUUGUACUUUGGUGAUCGUCCUUGCUGUUCUUGCUAGAUCGUGCUGGUCGCUUUUAUAAGCCUGUGCAUGUAAUGGAACCACGUAUCGUACAUUACGCGUAUUAUCUUAAAUCAGUUUAGGGCACAAUGAUUAUUUGAAAAAUUAGUAUGACUAUGCGCACUGUUGCAUAACUAUUCCAUAACUUUAUUUAAUAAGUUCUCUAACAAUUUUUACACGAAUACAUCCAAUGCGGAAACAAAUUUUCUUGUCUAACUUGUCCAAAUGAGCUUUUAAACAUCGCGAAAUAUCAAACGAAAUUUGAACCGAAAAUUGUUCAGAUUUUCUCAGUACUUGCAAUCAACGCUCCCGACAACAACAACAAAAUAAAUAAAUAAAAAGAACAAUUUUCGAGACUGCUACGAAUGUAUGCAGCUUGUCCUGACAAGCGACAACAGGUUUUGCGCAGAUUGUUGAUUGAGAACAUACAAAAAGAGCCCGAUUCAGACAGUCGACCUACGAAAUGCCUCAUCAUGCAGAAGCGGAGCUGCAAUUGGCAAAAAACUACAGCAGGCAGGAAUUUAAAACCGAGUACAAUACAUAAUGUGUCGAAUGAAAGUUUUUAGAUGCAGUUCAGCCCGGUGUUCCGGGUUUUUAAUGUGAAGAAGAAUCAGUGAUUUUCUUACCAUUUGUGUUUUACUUUACUAUCCUUGCUAUAUUUGGCAUGGUAGUGAAAACUUUUUUUACCAAUAUCGCAAAGUAACUCUCCAAAACGUACAUUUUUCUGUUCUUCUUAUCAUUCUGAAUACAUCUAGUUAAAACUUUCGAGCGUAUACUAUAAAAAUGUACAAGGGUUGCCACUAUUUGACAACGUAAGAGCAGAAACAGACGAUUUGUCAAAUAAACCAACCAUGAAACAUUGUUGGACGUUUCUCUUAGAAUUAUGUUUGAUUUUUCAGUACGAUUCGGAUCGUCUAUUAUGCUGCGGGUGACACAUUGGAACAGAACAGGGUUAUUUCAGAGAUGUAAUAUUGGCUCUCUGUUCUAUUCAAUAAUAGAUCGUUGAUUGCUAGUAGGUGACGUCUUAUUUAGUCACUUCAAUGCUACAAUUGGCAAUACUGCUAUGAUUAGAACAUUGGUAUAUUACGUCCUGUCAAAAUCUACCACCACAUUGUCCCCUUACGUUGCUCUAUUACAAUAAGCGAGCACGUGCACUGUCGAAGGAACGCUAAACUUUUUCCCCAUCAACGGUUUACCACGAACAUUAACGAAAUCUUUGACAUUCCGUCGUAAACACAAUCGAUUCAUGGUUCAGCUCCCGCACAGCUUCCCCGUACAAACAUUCCGUUUCAUCUACCAUGCAUUCGUCUCCCUCGAAAAAAUGGAGCGUAGAGAAAACCAAAAGUGAAGCUCAUUUUCAUAAAUGCUCAAUUUGUGUAAUACCACUCCCGUAAUUACGUUAUGAGCGUAGUGUGAGUCAUUUUACGCCAAUAACCGAAACACACUGCUAACAGGUUAGGAUAUGUACAGGGGCUCUGGAAUAAAUACCGUCUGCAAUACAAGCAUUUUGGUGAUGAUGUGGGGCGUUUUCAUCUAAUGGAGUCACCCUUCAUUGCUAAACAUGUAGCGCCGUAAACUGCACCAGUCACUAGGAGUAAUUGUCAUUGUUUACAUACCACAUACGGUCGAAUAUACACCUGAUGUACAAUUUUCCUCCUUGGAGUAUGUUACUGUUCCUAUCAAUGAAUCCAAAAUCGAAACCAUUAGUAUGAAUGCGAUGAAAUCAAAUUCAAACAUGAACUGUGAAACAACGAUGGAAAGCGCUGAAAAGCUUAAUCAACACAUCAUGAAAGACGAUCUGAUUUUGCUGGCUUCGGAGGAAAAAUCGAGCUUGAGGCGCAGCUGUGGUUUUAUGGAAGACGAAGAUCAUGCGGCUUUAGACAGUGAUACAAAUCCACUAAACUACGUUCCAAUAAGCAAUGAAAUAAUUUUGGAAGUAUCGUCGUCAAGCUUUGAUGAAGGAAUAGGCUUGAGUAACACUGAAGAAUCAAGUGAUGAUCAAGCGAGUGCCAAAUCCGACUCGCUGACAGCCAACAACUCUGUGAAGAAUCCAGCAGCGAAAGGCUAUCAACGAAAGCAAAGUAAGGAUAAAUUAAAAAACUACCAAUGUGAAAUCUGCCAACAAGUGUUCAUGAUGAAAAAACACCUUCGGGAGCAUCACGUAAUUGAGCAUCCGGGAGAAAACUGUAACAAAUGUGCCAUAUGUGAAAAAACGUUCAAACUACGGUCGAAUCUUCGGCAGCAUCUUCGUAUCCAUACGGGUGAACGUCCAUUUCGAUGUGACAUUUGCGGCAAGACAUUUGUACAGGGCAGCGCUCUAACUGUCCAUCGGGAAUUACAUAAAGAGCAGCGUGACUAUGAGUGCUCAGUUUGCAAAAAAGCAUUUAAAUCGAAGUUUGCCUUCAAAAAACACGAAAAAGUACACAUUGGACUGCGGCCAUUCAAGUGUGAUGAGUGUGGAAAAUCAUUCACCCAAUCAUGUAACCUGAAAGCACACCAAAAAUUGCAUACAGGAAAUCACGCAUAUCAUUGCACGACCUGUUCAAAGACCUUUCGCUUCAAAUCCCACUACCAAGAUCAUCUAAUGACGCACACCAAGGAGAAAAAAUACUGCUGUGCCCAGUGCGGUCGUACGUUUGCUUACAAAAACUCCUUCCAGCGGCACACCCUAAUCCACCGGGAUGAAGCUCAACACCAGUGUAUGGGAUGCGGGAAACAGUUCAGCAAACUAAGUCACCUCACCUUCCAUUACAAAUCUCAAGGUUGUGCUCGUAAACUAGCACGAGAGGGUGAGGUAGAUAGAGCUUCAAAAAAUCUGACUUGCGACAUUUGUAACAGCGUCUUCGAACGCGACGAUACUUUACUGGCCCAUCGAAACGAGCUGCACAGCUGCGAGGAUAACGUGCACGAAAAGGGACGAUGUCGGUACAAAUGCGUUAUCUGUAGCAAAUCGUUCCAGGAAGAGAAGGAGUUGCGUACCCAUUUCAAGUUGCACGAAGCCGACGAUUGUCCUUUUCAGUGUGGGAUGUGUGGAAUCCUUAAUUUAAACCAUACCUAAAAACCGGUAAGGUUCUCGUUAAAGGGUAUGCUAAUAAAAUGAAGAAGAAUCAGGCCAAAUUUACUGUAUGAUAAGGACUUAUUCUGUGAUAUCUCAGAGUGUAUGAAAAAUAUGUGUUUGUACUGGUCGUUUCGUAUUAAACAGCGAAUAUCUUCAAGAUAAGAUUAGUGUUUUAAUUACCGUCGCAAACCACAUUUUGUGACAAUCCUCACUCCGAAGCCAUCCUAAAUUAAUGGAACCAAAAAUCAUAAUGGAAAAGAUUCGUCUCUAGUACGGUCGUUGCUGCAGGGUAGCUUAUCUCAUAUGCAUAUGUUGUCUAUGAAAACGUUGGUAAAUGGUUCAUGCCGACUAUGAAAGGUGUAGGAAUAACCCUAGUGGGAGUUUCUAGUUCCUUAAUAGAGGUAGUAAUCCAUUCCAGUUUCUUAGACAGAACCUUUAGAAAGGGAUAUUAUAUACCUAACUAAUUGAAAGGCCCUGCCCAGCACUGAAACAUCUUAAACAUUUGUUCUCUGUUCAUUUAUAAUGCUCAACACGGAACUGGAAUGGAUUUAAAUGGAAACAUAAUAAAACUAUUAGUAUUAA